AUGGUCCGGGCAGGGAUAAAGUUACUACUGAUUGUAGUGUUGCUGGGCUACGCUAUAGUGUGGAUUAUGAUGCCCACCAUCACCUUCAGGAACAUAUGGCUGCCUAACAUCCGAAGAAAGCUUAAUUCGUCCAUUUAUUUUGGAAAUGAAGGCACAGGAUUUUUGGUAUAUUCGUCUCCCAUUCUGUUUGUAGCUGUUGUGGGCUGUGUGUAUCUCCAUUUGGGGAAGAGAUCCAACGACAACAAGCUGCAAAGCAACGGCAAAAAGAAUCGUUUUGCCACGUUGAAAAAGCCGAUGCUAGUAAAAGGCCCUCUAGGCAUUGUUUCUGUCACAGAGCUAGCCUUCUUGAUCAUGUUCGCAGCCCUAUUACUUUGGUCAUUCUCAGUUUAUUUACGUAAUGGCUUUGCUACUAUAGACCCAACAUCAGCUGCAGAAAUGGGAGUAGAAGUAUGGCAAGCUAAAUUGGACAGUGCAUCUUUGAGACUAGGCCUUGUGGGAAAUAUAUGCCUAACAUUUCUUUUCUUACCGGUGGCUCGUGGAUCGUCUCUGCUGCCAUUAUUCGGCCUUACUUCUGAAGCUAGCAUCAAGUACCAUAUAUGGCUAGGUCACGCAGUUCUGGUCUUCUUCACUGCUCAUGGACUUGGUUAUAUCACAUAUUGGGCUGCCACAAAUCAGAUUUCAGCGGCAUCCACUUUCAGUGAUAACCAUAUCAAGGCUGGCCCACCAAAAACUUUAUCCGCAGAAAAAUCCACCAAGUGA